GUCAGUGCGCGAGUUGAUUCAACAUGCACAAGUCAGGAGCCCUGAAAAAAAAAGAAAGGUGAAAAAGAGAGGAAGAAGCCGAAAGCCUGAGGGGAUCUCUUUAUAAAUAAUAAUAAAUAUUUCAGAAAAGACUCAGGUGAUGCUGCAGCCGGUACCAGUAAAGGCAGCUGUGCAGCACAGCCAGGAUCAACAGCUGUCCACAUCGCCCCCUCCGCCCCCAGUGGGAGAUGCCAGACGUUCAAGGAAGAUCUGUUUCCCAUUAUUGAAAAAAAUGGACGCCCUUGGAACGCUAUUGACCAAUCAAUCAACAGAUCGUCCACUUCACACCAAAAAGGGGGGCUAAAACAACAAUGUUAAGCAUCUCAAGGCCAAGCGGGUGUAAAUGAAGAUAAAAAGCCAGGUUCCCAGGCCCCCACCCAAGGAUAUCUACCACUGCAUCCCCGUCUGGUCUCGCCAUACCUCCAACGACACUCGCCGCAUCGAUACCGCUGUGCCCAUCACACACUACACGUCCAAACUUCCAAAAAAAUGGCCCUCAGCUUUGUCGCCAUGACAGUCCUGCUGGGCUCUUCCAUGGUGGUGGCGCUCGUAAUUCAGACGCCGAAGGAGGACCUCCGAGGGGAUCCCGCCAUCGCUCCCCUCUCUGCACACCAAAGGUGCCAGAAGGCUGCUCUGCCAUCCAUCAGGAGGAACCUGCUCAAGGCCCUGAACCUGAGGGCGGAGCCCCAGCUGCCCAUUGGUCAGCUGGAGGCUAUCAGAGCGCAGUGGAAAAAUACCUUCAGCGCCAUUGGCCACAGCUCCAAGGGCACCACAGGUUCAGCUCCGUCUGACCACUUGCCUGCAGUGGCACCUGGAGUCGGCAACGGCACAGACCUCCAGUGUUGCCAGGUGGCAUCUCUAAUCUCCCUGGAAGAUCUGGCCUGGGACAACUGGGUGAUCUACCCUGAGAGCUUCACGGUGGUGCAGUGCACACCCUGCGACUCCAGCAACGUGCACUGCCCAGGCCGUCCGCCAGUAGCCGUUCACGACGUCCCCUCGCAGCUCCAGUGCUGCGAGCCAAUCUCCAAGGAGACGGUGCCCAUUGUGUACAUGGACGAGCUCAACUCCCUGGUGAUCUCUUCUGCGGUGCUGACCCGCCAGUGUGGCUGUGGGGCCGAAGUCCACAUAGUGCCAACUGAAGAGUAAACCCCCCAAACAAAUCUGCCAAAAAUGGGGGGCAGUUUUGUGAAAGCUGAUACUUUUCAACUGUGCUUUGGUUAUACAUUAUUUGGUUAUACAUUCAUGUUCUCGUAUCUCUGUUUUUUUUUUGUCCAUUUUGAUUAAAAAAUAUAAGAUCCCAUUUAAGAUAAUUAAAUGGGUUAAGCUUUCGUUUCAAUUGUUAGAUAACCUAUUGCAGGGCAACUAAUAGAGAACCUGCCUCAGUGGCCAAACAGAACAUACCUCCAGUAAUACAGAUUAGCCGAAACAUUAGCUUGUAAUGUUGGAUAAUUGUGAGGAAUAUGUUUGGUUUAACUAUUAAUACUGUGUGUACACAGAACUAUUAAAAGCCAAGUCUUAUUUCACAACACUAUCUGAUUAGUUGCCAGGGAAUAAACCCUGCAAACCCUCUGAGGUCUAAUGUUCCCUCCAAAAAUGUGAACACAGUGCAGCACGCCAAAGUCCAUAACCUUUCACAAAGAACAAGCUUUUUAAACGUAAUCAAAGUCAGCUUUGUAUAUGUUCAGCAAUAAUGCAUGAUGCACUGACCGUUAAACCAACAUAAUGCAAAGGCUGUACUUUAUAUAUUUUUUUUCUUCAUAAAUAAUACAGCUCUUCCAUGUUUCCUGCUCCCUUGUGCUUGAGUUAGCUUCAUAAAUGGACAAUGGAAUGUACAGAGCGAGAGUCUCUUAUUCGACAGAUCUCCAUCGUGGACACCACUCAGUGCCUGAUGGACUGCACUGUUCUGACCUUUGCCAAGAUCAUGGAACUGGGAGAUAAUAGGAGCAUACAUCAUCUGCGCUCUCAUUCCCAUGGCAAUGUUCCAGGGACGUGGUGCUCUGCAAAGGCAGAACACAAUAGCUAUUCAGCUGCAUAAAGCGUUGCCUUUUUUUUAAAUACAGAUAAUUAUAUAUCUGGGAUAGAUAAUGCAAUUUCUGAAAAUAAUUUAAUCGUGUUUUUGCUGUGUACACGUUCUUUUAGCAGAAAAUAUGGAACAUGCAAUUGUCAACAGCAAGUUAGAACACAUGAAGCUUAUGAAGCAACUCAUGGUGUCGUCUUCCAUUUAAACUAUUCACAAAGAUUUUUUUCUCUAGUCUUGGCUAUGGCACAGAAUUUAUUUUUGAUCAAGUGUUUGCUUGCCUGUUUUAGCUUAAUACCUUGCUACUUUUUAGUUUUAAACCACUAAAUUGAUUCUAUUAAUCCCUUCACAGUAUAUUUAUAGAUAUAUAACAUAAGCAUAUAUCUCUCACAAAACCAUUAAUAUCUUAAGUAUGUUAUGCAAUGUUUGAAAAGGACCUUCCUUUGUUAGCUGGUCCGUUAUAACCUCUGAUAAUUGUGCACUCAUCACUUAAAUAAACAUGACUUUCCUUUGAA